UGAAAACGCCUAUAGCAAUCAGCUGUUCUGAAUUCAAAUUAAAUUAAAAAUAAACACCAAAAAACACUUAAAAUUCUUACGUAAUUUGAUACACGAGUGUAUGUUUUCAGUCUAGUACCUUAUAUAGGCACAUUUAAUGCAUAGACCAGCUAAUCUUGUUAGUAGAUUAUUGGUGAGAGUCAGUACAAGACCAAGCAAAAGUUAUUUUUCAAAUUUUAAACAGAGUAACUCUAAAAUGACUGAAAAAAUUAGCAAAGAAGAAUUGAAAAAGAAGCUGACCCCGUUGCAGUAUCACGUCACUCAAGAAAAAGGAACUGAAAGGCCUUUUACUGGGGUUUACAAUAAAAAUUACGACGAAGGGUUGUAUGUUUGCUUAGUGUGCGAACAACCCCUAUUCAGUUCAAACACCAAAUACGAUUCCAGUUGUGGUUGGCCAGCAUUCAAUGACGUUUUGGAUCAGGGCAAGGUUAAACUUACACCAGACACAAGCGGAGUCGGUGCAAACCUUUUACUCCUCAUAUCCCAACCAGGCCGGAUCAGGACCGAAGUGACUUGCUCCCAGUGCGGCUCUCAUUUGGGGCAUGUUUUUAACGACGGACCGCCACCCACUAGGAAGAGAUUUUGCAUUAAUUCGGCCUCAUUGAGUUUUCUACCAAAGAAAAAUGAUGAUACGGACCAUAGUUAAAGUGUUAUUUUGACAACUGGUAAAACGCUUGAAAACUUCUACAAUCUAAUGGCGAUUUUGAUUUGAUUGUCAAGAAAAAGUGCAAUCAAAUGGAAAUCGCUAUAAUCACUCUAAAUGGACCUUUCCCAAAAUUCACCAAGAUAAUACUCAUUAACUAACUCUAAUCAGUUCCAUUUACGGUGAAUAUUGAAAAAUGCCCUUUUUUUUUUGAAUUGUUAAUUUAAACUAAUCAAAAGUUGUAUAGUUGUUAUAACAAUUACUAAUACAACAUAAUAGUAAUUUAUUUUUAUAUUAAUAAGAAGAAUUUGUUGAAUAAAAAUGCAUUGUCAAGAUUAAUAAAUUGUUUAUUUGCAAUAAAAAAAUCAUAUAAAAAAUAUUUUUUGUUGAUUUAGGAACAUACUUAAACGAUCUGGCAACCUUGUAUCGAGGGUCGUAAUAAAAAAAGCAACGUUGCCAAAAGUAGUUUUUCUUAGGAAUAAAACAAAACAACUUCCUCCAACAACUGCUUGAAAUUAUCCUCAUCAAUUAUCACAAACUUUUUCAAUUUCCUACUAAAAUAAUAAAUCUCGCCCGUAUAAAUGUCAAACCAAAUAGCGUGUAUGUGUAACUGAUGUUUCUCCAAUCUUUUUCUUAAAAAUCCAUAACUUGCUAUAUUUUGUAAUUGUUGCAACGUAUUGAUUUGCGAAAGUCGAUCUUCUAUCGAAAAUUGCUUUUCCGGAUCGAUAUACGCAACGAAUUUUCUUAACGGGGUUUCCCCUUGAAACGUCAACGGUUUGUCAAAGUUGUGCUCAGCCAAGUGGUUGAAUUUUUCCAAACUGGAUUCGGCGUGAGUGCAGAGCCAGGAUCUUAACGGGGAUAAUCUUCGAUUUUGCUAAAAAUAUACAAAAUUGUUUUUAUCAACUUUUGCCACAAAACUUGCUCCAGAACGCUUUCAAAUCUCGCACGGAGCACUCUUUUUUGCUCCUUUAUAUUCGAUAGAUCAAAAAAGUACGUUCUGACUGAUCUUUGACGUCACCGCACCUAAAUAAUAUUGAUCGAUUACCUGAGAUGCAAAUUCCGGAUCUCUGAGUUUGUACAGUAAAUUUAUCGCUUUGCAAUCGCUGUGUCCACAAACAAUUAUAUGCCUGAUGUCAUUUACGACGCAUCCUAGUUCCAGAGCAGCUGGUUCGUUGGUGUUCUGUUCGUCUGGAAAGUGUUGCGAAUGGGGCACCAUAUUUCCGGCAUUUCUU